UUGAUACGUUUUUCAGCCCUCUCCUUGUGGUCUUUAUGCGUGCUUCUGUGCGUUUAUCGGCGACUACGAACAUGUCCAGUGUCUGCAACAUUGGGAUAUAGAAAAAUUGCGCAAGAAUUUCGGCGUAUUGGUAACACUGUGGACAGCCGUGUACGUGUGCCGUCCGAUUUGGCUGUGUACAGGGAACUCGAUCGACUAGUUGAUUAUGGACUCCUGAUUACGGACUCAAAAGCGAACAAUCGAUGCUCACUGAAUGUGCACUCGAAAACGUUGGGUAACAUACUGCGAGGUGUUACUUUACCGAUGGCUAUUGGAUAUUGGUUCGAUACGCAGACGGAUGAGGUUCUUAACUGUGAACGUGUCUAUUCGUUAGUCUUUCUGUUUAGGCUGGCAAAAAUGAAAAGUAGGAAGGUGACAGGAAUACCUUUGAUUAAGCAAAACUUUGAGCAAUAG